GUAAACAAAUGUUAAAUUUAAGUGUUUUAAUCAAAUAUUCUUUUCAUUAACGCAACGAUAAGAAGCAUCGGGAUUAAUUGCAUUUCAAAAAAGAAAUGCGACCUAAAAAAUAUUGAAAGUCUAAUGAAGACUAAUAAAUUAUUAUAAAGCAGCGAAUGUAACACACAAAGAGAAAGAAUCUCCGAAGAAAAAAAAAAAGAAAAAAAAAGUCAAAAGCGUAAAAGUAGAUACAAGUUACAAUAGCGGGACUAAAAAGCUGAGAGGGUCGGGUCGGCGUCAAGAUAACUGGAUUUAGGUUUCCAUCAAUUUUGUGUGUAUGUAUGAUAUUUCGCAAGCAAUACAAUGGAUGAACUCGAACCUUGGCAUCUUUUUACCAAUGAUUUUAUGCCCGACGUAUCGAAUAAUGCGAAUCAAGAACAAAAUUCUUUAAAUUCAUAUAACGAUUCAACACCCAAUAUACGAAAUAUGCAGGUAAAAGAAGAGCCUGUAGAACCCUUAGAAAUUAUUAAUGAUGAUCAAAGCUCCUCCUAUGGUUACAUGAAUCAUUCAUCAUUUAGUAAUACUCAAUGCCAACAAUAUGAGCGUUGCGACGAUGAUAAUACAAUAUUUGAUUUUGGACUUGAUGCGUCUUCAGGCGGCAAAGAUUCGACUGUUAAAACCUCUUCCACUGAUUUUAAGCCUUUGUCUGCCGAAGAUCAAUAUUAUCAUUCGCUAAUUAAGUUUGAAGAUGCAAUUGUUUACAUAUGCCCCGCUUGCGGUCAAGAAUUCAAAGCCCAAGAGUUAUGGAAACGUCAUUUAAAUGUUAUCCAUCGUUACAAUACGCGCAAUGGCUUAAAUUUUAUGCAGUUAGAUAAAUUAUAUCAUCAAUGUAUGGAGUGUAAUAAACGUAUCGCAAUGCAUAGCAUGGAAAAUUUGCUGAAACACAAGUUUACUCAUCUGCCGUAUAGAUGCAGUAAAUGUAGUAUUUGCCAACGUCAGUACAAGUAUCGCCAAGAUUUAAUGGUGCACAUACGGAUGAUGCAUCGGGACGACUUAUUGGCCGCUAUCAAAGCUGAACAUCAAAAUAAACCGAAAACGAGUUUAGCUGUUAAACCUGAAAAUAACAGCAAUAACAAUAGUAAACCAUGUCUUACUAUUGGCGAUGUUAAAGAGAAUGCUUUCGAAAUUUUCGACAAUACUGCGGAUAAUAAUAUCGAAGUGAAAAAUGAGUUUAUAGACCCUAAUGAGAUUGACGACGACCAGGUCUCGGUCAGUAAAAAACCGGCAGCUAAAUCAUCAACAUCUUCUUUAGCCGCUCUAUUGGACGAGGGUUCUUCGAAUGGAUCAACUGCUGAAGAAAGACCGCUAAAUAAAACAAGUGUCAAUGUCGAUGAUGAUUCCUUGGAGGAAUACAUUUUGUUUUUAUGCCCUCAAUGCGGCACAGAGUGUGAAACUCAAGCACAGUGGCGUCAGCAUAUUGAAUUUGUGCAUGACUUUGGCUCUUACAAAGCCUUAAACUUUAAAGAACAAAAUUCUCAAGCCCACUGUCUAGAAUGCAAUCAGAUCAUCCCCUCCAUUGCUUUACGUAGUUUGCAAGCGCAUAAAUUCACUCAUUUACCGCACAAAGAGUGGUUGACGUGUAAAUUAUGUUUUGCAUCGUUUUCCAUGCAAAAAGAUAUAACCAAGCACUUGGACGAUAAGCAUCAUUUACACGGAGAAAAUGCAAAGUGCACAAACGUUACAACUAAUGCCGUUUCCAUGCAAAACGAAGAAGACAGUCAAGAUUUCGAAGAUUAUGAUAGUGGUAUGGGUGCAGCGGAUGUUAAAGAAAUUCAACGGUCGAAAAGUGACGAACGUGAUGCUUUCGAGCAACAUAUUGAUUAUUUGUGCCCUCAGUGUGGUAAAGAGUACAACGAUAAAAAAUUAUGGCGUAAACAUAUAGCGGACGUUCAUCAGUUGGCUGAUUUAGAGAAAUUAAACUUUGAAGUUCUGAAUGAUCGCCAAUUACGAUGUCGCGAAUGCGACAAGAUUAUAACCAAUGCUUAUGGCAUACAAAAUGCUCAACAGCAUCGCAUCACUCAUAUGAGAUUCAAAUCAUUUGCUCGAUGCCGUUUAUGCCGGAAAGCGUACACUGAUCGCAAAGGUUUGAUUAAACAUUUGCGUAGUUCACAUCGCGUUGGUAUGAGAGGCGUACCUAUACGCAUGCUAUCACCAUCACCUAUGGCAGUGGCAAACAGUAGUGUCAUGCGUUGGGGUUCGAAACUGAAAUCGUAUCAUAAAUCGUAUGGGCAAAAAGAAGUCGUCCGUUUAGGUGAAUGUACCUAUGAAAUACAUUAUUUGGACGAAGAUGAUGAAGAGUUGGCCAACGCUGACGAGGAAUUUGGUGAGAAUGCGGAUAAACAAUUUUCACCUAAUAAUCAUCAAUUAGAGCAAAUGACAAGACACAGGUGUGUCGAUUGUGGCUCGCAAUUCUCGACGCAAAAUGCUUUGCAAAAUCACAUUAAAAAUGAGCAUGACUUCAUGGAGUACGACAAUUCACCUGGUGACGAUAAGCCCCAAACGGUCGCGUCAACAGCUGCUAACGACGAUGAUCAAUCAAACGAUACCGAUGCCGAUUUACUUGUGCCAACUGGUGAUGUCGAUAUACAACCCGAGGAAAAUACCAGUAUUGAAAUUAAUUUCAUUUAUUUAUGCCCGCAGUGCGGUGAAGAGUUUCGCACUCAAGCUUUAUGGCGUCGUCACAUCAAUGUCGAGCAUAAUUUUGAUAAACGUGAAUAUCUCGGCUUUCGUCCAGUUGACAGAUUUCGUUAUCAAUGCAAAGUUUGCAAAGAUACCGUACAAAGUUCUAAACUGAAGGGCUUGCAGGAUCAUAAAUUCCGUCAUUGCCCCUAUAAAUUAUAUUUGAAAUGUCUGUUAUGCAGCACUAGCUAUAAUCACAAACCCAAUAUGUUAACGCAUUUACGACAGCGACACAAUAUUAUUGAGGCCUACGAAUUUGGUGCAAAUAGCCAAAGUGGUAACAGCUCGAAUGUUGGUUACGAAGAGCUUAGUUCCUCAUCAUCGUCGAAGAUUGGUCGAAAGGUCAAUGAAAACAGUAGUGCGAAUAAUAACGGCUCUCGUCCGCCGGGUUUAAGGACCGUAGAGGAUGUUAUUUCAUUUCAUAAUGCAGUCGAUCACGAUACCAUCACAUAUUAUUGCCCAUCAUGUUAUGAAAAUUUUGAAUCGCACGUCUAUUGGCGUAAACAUAUUGUUGAGGUGCACAAUCUUAACAGUCGAGAAGGUCUGAAUUUCCGCCAGCUAGAUGAACAUCACUAUAUAUGUUUGCAAUGUUAUAAGCGUGUAACUGUUACCCAUACAAAGGGGGCCAUUGGCCAAUUGCAGUCCCACAAAUUCCGGCAUUUGCCCUACAAAUCAUUCCGUUGCACUGCCUGCCAGGGGGAAUUUGUUCGCAAACAAAUGUUCUUUAAGCACUUGGAUAAAAACACCAAUAAGUGCAAUGGCAUUAAUCCAAAUGAAAAUGCUUCCGAUGAGUUUUCGAGUAGCAAGGCGCAAGAUAGCAGUCAACAUCAUUCCGAUCAGUUUGAUGAUGAUUUGGAUUUGAGUGGCGCUUUAGUUCAGCGUAAUGGCGCUGAUUUUGGUAAUAGCAAUAUGUCGUGGCCGUCACGCGAUACUGGGGGGGCUGGGAGCAGCAGCAGCGCUAACUCAUAUAGCGAUACGGUUAGUUGCUUCACCAUAAAUUGUCCACAGUGUGGCAUUAAAUUCGAUACAACGCAAACUUGGCGCGAACACAUUAACAUUGAGCAUCAACUUAACAAUCGUACAGUACUAAAUUUCAAAAGAAUCUCACCCAAGCUACAUCAAUGCUUGGAGUGCAAAGAGCAUGUUAAUGGUCGCAAAUUGCGUGACUUACAAGUACACAAAUUUAAACAUUUACCGCAUGGCGCGUAUAUACAUUGUCGUUACUGUUCGAUGGCCUAUUUCCAUAUAAGCAACAUGCAGGAGCAUUUGAAAAAUAAACAUCCGCACAUGUUAAAUAAAAUGUCUUCGACUGAUACGCGCCGUUACGAAGAUGAAAACAUCAUGAUAGAGGGCGAGGACGAAGAAGAUGGAGAUGAAAAUCCCGAAAUGGAUGAAGAAGAGGGCGAAAUAUUGUAUGGUGAAGAAAUUGAUCCUGCCGAUCUAUUAGAAGCCGAAGCCGAAAUUGAAGAGGUCGAUCCUGAUGCCGCUGAAUCGGAAGAACAAUAUCUAUUGGGCUAAUUUUAUUCAAAUUGAUAUAAUGUACGUUAUACGCGGCUUUUAUGAUUUUAUUUCAUUAAUAUAAUUAUUAUUAUUCUUAUUAAUAUUAUUUAAAAAAGAUUUUUUUGUUCUUAAUGCACCUUUUAUUUUUUUAAUCAUCUUGUCCCAAGUAGAAAUUUGUUCAAACUUUGUAUAUUUUAUUAUUGAAUCCCCUAUUUCUAUCUAUUGUCGUAUAAACCAUUAAGAACUUCUACACAUUAUAGUAUCACGUUUCGUCUCAUUCCCAUACACAGAUGAUAAAGAUGUUUUGAUCCCUAUACUAAUAGAUUUAUGUUCAACAUCAAUAUUGUCAGCAUUAUC